UUGUUUUCAGCUGGUAGCAUUACGGGAAAUUAAGCGCUUUAAUUGGUCUCAUCAAAUGCGCGCAAAUCCAUUAGAAUAAUGCAAAGGCGGCGUAAUGGCACUGCAAGGCUGGCGCUUUUUCGGUGUCUCGGCAACAAUCAUCAUCUAUAUAGGCGGCGUCCUGUUUCUAUCCAUGAACAAUAUACCCGGCACGCAUCCAAAACGCACGCGCAUCGAGCGAUUCGCCGAGUUUUCCAGCUUUCAUAGUCCCCGGUUUCCCAUGCCCAGUCGCAAAAUGACCAUUCGCUGGUGUCGCGACCUCAGAUAUCUGAAUCGCGAGCUUCCAAACUACACAGACUACAAGGCAGGCGCCUACUACACUGCUUUGCCCAGCGAUGCGAGCGCCAGCCUGCAGCUGCAGGGUAUCGCGCCGUCGCCCAUGCUGACCGCGCUGGCCAGCUUUCCGGGCAGCGGCAACACGUGGCUGCGGUAUCUACUGCAGCAGGCGACGGGCAUAUUGACGGGCAGCAUUUACAAGGACUACGGCCUGCUGAAGACGGGCUUUCCGGCGGAAAAUGUGUGCAACAGCUCAGUAUUAUUGGUCAAGACGCACGAAUGGGGCGCCAAGGCGUGGGCCCCCUUCUCCAAAGCCAUACUCCUGGUCCGCGAUCCCGAGAAGGCCAUCAUUGCCGAGUUCAAUCGCCAGAGCGGCGGUCACAUUGGCUUCGCCUCACCCGAUCGCUACAAGCGCACAAAGGGCAAAUAUUGGCAACAGUUUGUCAGCAAUAAGCUGAAGGGCUGGGAGCUCAUGAAUCUCAGCUGGGCGCGCAAUUUUACGGGCAGUAUUAAGGUUGUGUUCUACGAUGAUCUGGUGCACAAUACGGAGCGCGAAUUGCGCAACAUACUCGAGUUUCUCGAGUAUCCGGUUAACGAGCAGCUGAUGCGCUGCGCCCUCAUGCGCAAGGAGGGCAUAUUCCGGCGCAAGAAGCGGCUGCUAUCCUUCGAUCCGUAUACGGAUGCAAUGCGGGCCGAGCUGCUGGCGCGCAGGCGGCUCGUCUACGGUUUGCUGGGCAGACACGAUUAGGAAUGGAGCGACAAAGUGAAUAUAAGUAUAAGCUAUAAGGUUUAAGGUUUACGGAUCUAGGCUAGACGACAAAUUGAGCAACGAGCAAAGCAAAGCAAAGCAAUUCACCACCUGAGGACAACAGUUCGGCACCAUCCUGCUCCCCGGCACCGUGCACCCCGCAACCCGAAUUCGGCACUCGGCACCCGCUACCCGCCACCCGGCACCGUGCAGCUGACAUCCAAUCUCCUGCCGACCCACAAAAAUGCCUUUCAGUUCGAGUCCACACGGCAAAGGACUUUCAAUAGGACCAUAGAUCUCAAUCGAAAACUGUUUAGAAGCACAUUUAAGCAACGAUGCCAAUCGGCGAAAGAAAAUGAGAAAGUCAAAUACGAUACGAGAAGAAGCAAGCGAAGGUAUUAUUUGUAUAUGAAUAAGAAGAAGAACAGAAGUAGCAGUAAGAACACAAUAAUAAUAUUUAUAACGAACCCUGCCCUAAAGUUCCCUGCCAUGCGCAUCGUUUCGUAUCGUUUGCUGCUUAGUUCAACUAUUUAGUAUAUAUAUUAAUAAUAUCUAGAUCUUAAGUUC